AGCUAGCUCGUGCGUGCGUUCCAACCAUCAUCUACAUUGCGAUGGCUCACGAAGCCGAGAAUACAUCGUCCACGUCUCAAGUGGAAGAAUCAGAUCCCGACGCGUUGCUCUCACCGCCUCCCGAUGCUAGGCCGGAACCUGGGCUUAAUGGUAAUCCCGUUCGCUGGUAUGAUGCGGAUAGGACAGAGUCAUAUACGCGAAUCGCGCCUUUCCAAGAGUUGCAUGAUACAUCUAUAGAGUUCUUCUAUAAGCCCAUUACGCUAACCGCACUCGGCUUUGGCCUGGCUGCAUUGAGCUAUGUAGCUAUGACCCAGGACGUUUUGGAAGAAGGCCGGGACAAACGGCGUGUGGGCGCCUAUGCUGCAGUAGUUUCAUUCCUCAUGUUCUCGAUGAUCCAAUUCCGGGAUGGACCAUUCAUUCGUCCCCACCCUGCAUUUUGGCGCGCGAUACUUGGCAUCAAUUUACUUUACGAGCUUGCUCUCGUCUUCCUGCUGUUCCAAGAUUUGAACUCGGCGCGACGAAUGAUGACUCUUUUGGAUCCUUCACUAAACCGGCCUUUACCUGAGAAGAGCUAUGCGGAACACUGCGAAUUGACGCCGCAGAACAUCUGGGAUUCAAUCGAUAUAUUUUGUCUAGCGCAUGCUCUGGGCUGGUUCGGCAAGGCCAUGAUCCUGCGCGACUAUUGGUUUUGUUGGAUUCUGAGCAUUGCAUUUGAGUUCGCAGAGUAUAGCCUGCAACAUCAACUUGCGAACUUUGCCGAGUGUUGGUGGGACCAUUGGAUACUUGAUGUUCUAGUCUGCAACUGGUUAGGAACUUAUCUGGGCAUGAAGACUUGUCAAUAUUUGGAAGUGAAGCCCUACGAAUGGCGCGGUCUACGGCAAACUAGGGGAUUGCGGUCAAAGGCUCGCCGGGUGCUUAGCCAGUUCUCCCCACAUGACUGGACAGCAUUCAAAUGGGAGGGGACUGCAUCAUUCUUGCACUAUGUGAUAGUCGUAUUACUCCUAGCAGUCUUCCUUGCUGCGGAGUUGAAUCCAUUCUAUCUCAAGAGUCUCCUUUGGAUGGAGCCUGAUCAUCCGAUUGUGAUACUAAGGCUGGCGGGUGUCUUUCUUUGCGCAUUGCCUGCCGUACGAGAGCUUUACCAAUACAUAAACAAUCCAAGAAAAGCGAAACGAAUGGGGCAACAUGUGUGGCUCCUUCUAGCCACGAUCUUGACCGAACUUCUGGUCAUCACUAAAUGGGGCAAGGGUCAGUUUACGGAGCCACUCCCAUUGUACGUUCGGUGGGCAUGGAUGAUUGGGGGAAUCUUGUUGGUAUUGUAUCCAGCAAUCAGGUUCGGCGUGCCGAGCGUGCGCAAGUACGUCGGAAAGCAAAAGCAGAAGCGGAAAGGGAAAGGAAAAGGGAAGAAGGUGCAGUGAGACUUCAAAUUAUGUUGCUGAUAUCCUUUAUACUACUUGUAGGUACUUAUUGUGCGUGAAUGAAGUUUGCCCGUUAACUUAAGUUGCUCGACGUUUGAGAGAUAAACUGAUACGACGGGAAUAUUCUGGUGCUUCCUGGACGGGAUAUGAUUAGUCAUUAACACGGCAUUAGUCAUCAACACGGCAUUGUGCAUAGAUUGCCCUGGUCCAAG